AUGGAUGCCAGCGCAGGCAAGGUCAAGCACAUUGACACCUGCUACCUAUGGGUACAAGAGAUAGUGGACCAAGGAAGGAUACGCCUGAAGAAUGUCAACACGCAAGACAUGCUAGCGGACCUCAUGACGAAGCCGCUGGACGGCCAAACUGCUACGAAGUUGCUGGGUCGAAUGGGCUACACCGUCAGGAACAUCUACUACGACAGCUUCACUGCCUCCACGGGAGAGAACGGUUACGAUGGGACCCUGGCCAUGUGCGAAAGCCGUUCUGCCUCGAACCCUCAAAGUCCCGGUUUUGCCUUCAGCGACACAAAUGACUGCACCAUCUACAUGAACAACGGGCAGGUACCGAUAGGCUUCGAGGUUCCCAGCUCUGGCACUGUCACUACGAACUAUGGCACUGGGCCCGUCAACAAAGCAUCCGGACAUUUUACCAGCUCCUGCUAUCGCAAACUGCCUACCACGACUACAACCACAAGCACAGAGAGCGUGGCAACAAGCUCCUCCAGCUCGGCCACCUCACCACCCUCGACCACCACGACGGCAGCCGCCCCUCAAGGUGUGAUUUCCAGCAGAUACACGGAAACCACGGACGCGUACUGCUCCAAUGCCAUGGAUGAUGAUGAUCCAUCCAUCUUGUCCCGCUACGAUUCGUUCGAAACCUGCUGGGAAUACUGCGCAUCGGAAUCCAGCUGUGCUGCAUGCUUCCAGCCUUGCUUAGACGGAACAGGAGGCGGCUGUAUUGGCGCCCAAGGCUGCCAAUUUCUGGCCGUAUCCCUGUGCUCUGCCAAGACUGCAGAUGGUUGUGGAGCCAGAAUUUGGAGACGGUAUGGAAGCUCUGGGGAUCCGAUGCUGGCCGUGCGCAUUGUGCUUAUUGUCGUGGGUGCGAUCGUCUUGCUAGGUCUUAUAGCAGCAUACUGCUACUGGAAGCGGCAGCGGGCCGCUAGGCAGCGGCCCCUCAUCCCGCCUAAGGCGGUAUCACCGGCCGCGAGCCCCCCAGCCGACACUGUCGGGGUGCCAGCCGCGACGACCAAGGCCUUGACGAGGGCCAAGAGCAUCACUCUCUCGAAUGAGGAGGGCCAGGCGAUAGACUCCACCACCAAGGAGUCCCUCCCUAGAUAUUGGGGCCACGCUUCCGAGAAUACGGACUUCAAUGCCAUGCUCUACAGCAACGAUGAUCAGGUGGAGCAUUUCACGGAGCUCUUGAAUUCCACCUACCGCGCACGGUGCACGCAAGACAGGCCUUGCCCGAAAGCAGCCUGUCCCAAGAUGCCGGGUGGCUGCCCUUGCGUCCAGCCUGACGGUGAUCCAGGCCUGCCGGCAAGUUACGUGGUGCGGCGCGUCAUCCGUGUGGAAGACUCAAGGAUGUGGAAGCGCUUCAUGAGGAAGCGGGACCAGAUUCGGCGGAACAGAUCCAGCUCCAUCGAGCAAGUAGAGCCAGCGGUGUGUACGUCAGGAUUGGUGAAGGAUCAACCGGGAACUUUCACUCCAUUGGACGAGGGCCUGAACGAAUUCUACUUGUGGCACGGCACUCACGUUCGGGCGGCCCUGUCCAUCGCGCACGAAGACUUCCGGAUCGAUAUGGCGGGCUCCAAUGCGGGUACCAUGUACGGAAGAGGCUGCUAUUUGGCGGAAAACUGCACGAAAGCCGAUGAGUAUGCAAGGGACGAGCCUCACGGUUACUACGAGGGCGUCUUUGCGCUUCUGCUCUGCCGAGUCUGCAUGGGCAAGUUCCUGUACACAACGGAUCGCUAUGAAGCUGCAGGCGACAAGGUGAAGUCGGGCGAGUUUGACAGCACCGUUGGUGACAGGACCAAGAAGGCCAACACUUUCCGUGAGUUUGUGGUCUACAACGCGGACCAGGUAUACCCUGAGUACGUUGUCCUCUACUCACGACGUCCGCGGGCCGUGGCCCUGGAGACCUUCAAGUUCGAGCUGGGUGGAGAACUGCAUGCCGAGCUUCCGGUGUACUGGCAGCAUUGUCACGUAAAUCCAGGCGUCAACGCCUUCGAGGCACAGUAUGCUGUCCGCGCGACCUCCCGCACCUUGCUGCAGCAGCUGGCGCAGGGCUGCAGCCCAGGUGGUGCAGGUGGCGACGCCUUCAUCAAGGUCAUCUCUGCUCGACGCAUCGAGAUGUCCAGCAUGUGGAACCGCUACGUGCAGUUCAAGCGCAGGCUUCGCCAGGAGCUGGAAGCGUCCGGGCUGGCUUCUUUCGCUUCUGCCGAGCUUCUGGAGGGCAAGGCCACGCGUGGGGAGAUACUGACUUACUCUUACCUGAAGAAAUUGACGGGUAAAGGAGUACAGGCUACCGGUACGAUCUCCAUCGAUACCUUGGACGACAGUAUCCAGGAGCACCUGCUUUGGCAUGGAACGUCCCGGGCAUCAGCGGAAGCAAUCGUCACUGCCGACUUUCGCAUUCCCAAGGACGCCAAACAUGGCUUUCGUUUCGGAAGUGGUUUGUACUUUGCAGAAGACAUCGGGAAAAGCCUGAGCUACGCUCCCUUGGAGAAGGGGUCAGACGGUGGAAGCAAGUCGCAGUUUGUGCUCCUGUGCCGUGUACUCUGCGGCCAGAUGCACUACACGGAGGGGCAGGUUGAUGGCAACGCGUCGGCGAACGCCAAGCAGGUGGGCAAACACGCGGUGCUGGCGAAUCCGCUAGCCGAGGGUCCCAGGGAGUUCAUCGUCCUGACGGAGAUGCAGGUCUACCCCGAGUACCUGGUGGAGGUGUCUGUCUCCAAGGCGGAGGGUCCUUGA